AUGCGUCUUCGACGUUCACCCCAGGUCUUGUACCCUCCACAAUCACAGCUUCCAAUGCCGUUACCGUUACCACUAGGUGCUGUCCCAGCGCCAUUGCCACGUCAAUUACUGUCCCCCAUACAGCCACGACAAGCACCGCCUCAGUUGAAUCCGUAUAUGUCCAUCAGUCUGGUCUAUCCGACCUAUUUGUACUAUGGCAGAGGCUCGCAAUUGGGUCGUCAGACAACAACAUACACUUCGGCUUAUCCCGGCUACUAUAAUCCAACGCCCAACUAUAACUAUUAUAACAUCAAUGUGAAUCUGCCAUUUGCGGGCACUGCUUCAUAA